AUGCCGUUGCCCUUCAACAAGACUCUGGAUUUGAAGUUAUUGAAACUGGUCAAAGAAAAUCCCAUCAUUUAUAACAAGAAGCACUCAAAAUAUUUAGAUUUCGACUCUAGAGAGGUUGUGUGGCAAAAAAUCGGUGAUAUUUUAAACAGGCCAGCACAGAUUUGUAAAUCCAGAUGGAUUAAUAUACGAGAUAUGAUGAGGAGGAAGAUCAGGGAUCGACUCAGGAACCCGAGUCAUAGAAGUUACAACUACAAAUACGAAGACCAGCUGUCUUUUAUGAUGCCUUACUUCACUGAGGGCGCCAGUAAUGACGAUUUCAAUGACUUCCUGCAGGAAACUAACUGCGAAGUCAUACCAGAUUAUAGUCAGGAUUUUGGUCAUGAUAGAGAGGUCAAACCUAAUUUGGGUUUUAGGAAGCGUCAGGAAGACUAUAUACAAAAUGACUUCCAGGAACUAAAUCCUUCUGACCCAUUAGACGUCUUCCUAAUAACGGUUGGCUCGACUUUAAGGAAAUUCAGUCCGUACUACUUGAAUCAAGCUAAAAGCAAAAUCUUCCAAGUAGUUCAGGAUUAUGAGUUACAGCAAAUCGUUAAUAAAGAUGAGCAACCAGAAAAUAAUGACGCCAACAGAUAG